AUAAUUGACUACUGUUGCGUACCAUAUUAUCAUACUCAAACAUUCUCAUCAGGUCUCCUAGCGCCCCCGUUCUGCGUGCAUCAGUUAGGCCAUCUAGCUAUCGGUUUGUGAUGGCUUAAAGCUGUGACUUACUUGACGACUAUUACGUAUAUAUCACUCAAAUCAGAUUUCGCACAACACUCUUAAUGAGCAGCUUUACACCAGCCUUCAGGCUGCAUCAUACUCACUCAUCUUCUGUCUCGCCAACUGCUUCCAACGACGUUGCACCAAGUUCGCCUACCCCAAAUCAGCCACAUCAGUUAGCUGCUCGUUCUCCCCUGUACGCCACUUCUCCUAAUUGCGCCAGUAAAAUCACCAAGGGGUCCUCAUUGUCUUCUUCAACCGCUCACCAUGGCCUCAAAUAUGUCCGGCCCUCGACAUCCCCGCUUCUAAGGUCGCCAAAAGGCGAAUCGUUUUCAGCUUACCUCGGUAAUUGGGGUUCUCAAGAGCUCAUCACCUUUCUGAACAUUCACAAAUGUGGACAGUACUUAGCUAUAUUCCAAAAGAACGAUAUCAAUGGCAAAAUAUUGUUAGAUCUUGAUAUGACUGCACUCAAAAGCAUGGGUAUUGGCAAGAUCAGCGAACGGGUAAGGCUUAUUGGUGGUAUCAAAGAUCUUAGGAGGUGUGUCGCGGAUGAAUCAAUCAGGGCGCCCUUCACUCAGCGUAGUUAUCCAUCCGAACGAACGUUGCUUCCAAGUCUCCCGUCACAUAGCAACGUCUUGCUGGAUAAAUGGGAUUGCUCAAGUUCAGCCUCCCGUUUGGGCAAACGGCAAAUAACCUUGCGGCCUCCACCUCUUGAUCUUCAGGGCCAUAUGCCUCCUAGAUUGCUAUCACAUGCGUCCCUGGGCAUUGCUACGAUCGACACUCAUGACAUCCACACGACGAACUCAAAAAUAGAAGUCUACAUCCAACAAAAUCCGCCUGGCCAGCCCCAAUCUAUGCCUACUAAACGUUCGGAUAGCUUGACCCUUUGCGCAGCACCAUCUCGCAAUGUCGGGCGACGAUCUCCAAGUUCUCGCCAUUUUGAAGGCUGCAAGUCACAGACCGAUGGCCUCACUACACUGAAUCUGACGUUGGAUCGGCAAGUGCCUUCGUCCACCAUGAACAAUGUGACGCUCCGGGAAGAUUGCCACUUGCAGCGAGAGGAAAGGCUGCCAUUAUCUCAUCAAGUCCCGCACUCCAGGAACGCAUUCGCAUCUCCUCACAAGACGUCGCUUUCGGGCCGAUGCCCCCUCGCACGCGGUGAUACUACUUCACAUCAGCCCUCUGGACCAGCCAUCGCAGAACAGGACAGCCCUGUAAAUUAUAGGAUCUCAAAUACCGUCACAAAUACCAAAGAGAUCUCCCAAGGAGAUUUGAAGCAACCAUUUGUAAUGAAGUCAUUAGAGUCUCAGUCACACCUGUUAGCGGGUGUGUCCGAUAUGAGCCAUGACCCAGUGACAGAUGGUUUUAAGCCCAAAGGAAAGGCUAGCGUCCCUUUGACUGUUAUGUCUUCCUCGGAUAUCUCUGCAGUGAAUGCGAACCCCGCGGCAUUAUCUCUUGCCGACCUUCGUCGGCAGCUCGUCAAAUUUAUAAACACAGAAGAUGACACCAUUCGUACUGUCAAUGUAAUGCAUGUGACAAGCGGAGUAGAAAUACUGGAAAGGGCUCUUAAAAAAUUUGGGAAAUUCGGAACUGGCAUACACGGCAGCCCGGACGUAUAUGGCGACGAAGACGGUGACGGAACCUUGGAAAUUGAUGGUUGGGAAGUAUACACUGAAAGCACCCCCGACGAAAGCUCCAAACCUUUAUCGGAAUUUAAUCUGCUCAAGACAUGUACAUUCCAUCGCGAAGGAACGGCUAUCCAAGACAAAGGAUUGUUUUUGCGCAAGAAACAGCGAAUGCAAAAACGGAAAAAUAUCCAAGAUUUCUUUGGUGAAACACCGCCUCCUUCUAUGUCUCCUACUUCUCCAACCCUCAUCACAGGGCCUCAUUUGAGUCUUGUGCAAGGCAAAUCGCAACCUACAUCAGGAUCUGCUUUUUCUUCUUCAAGUAGACUAUCCACUUUGACACACAAGGGUCGAAAUCGGGCCAGUAUGAUCAGCGUGAUGUCCGGCUUGGGGGUACCAAUAAUUAACACGCUUCCCUCUCCCCAGGGCAACGGGCUUCGUCUCACCGGAUCAGUACAUUCUCACGAGAAAAAAUCUAUGUACAACUUCUUUGGGCAUCGACCCCCUAGCGAACUAAUAUCGAAUCACCUGACGGAUUAUUUUCCCUCGGCAAAAAAGAGCGAUGUCGAAAAGGCCCGACAUAGUCUACUCCGCUUAAGCGGCGGUACAGUCGCAUAUAAGAAGAGCGGGAUUUAUGAAGGGGAUAGCACACCUGAUCAUUGGUCGAAGCCCGGAGAUAAUCAACCUCCUUCACUUCCUCCUUUCGAGCCCUCACAGGACACACUGUCUGACUCACUUCAAGCAUUUGCAUCCUCGACUCCUGUACAUCUAUCCCGCCCAAAACAUACCGUAGCUUUGCGUCGAAGGCGCGACUCUGAUAGCUCCUCCCGCUCGCAUACGUCCAUGUUGAUGCAGACACGACGAAAUCGGGAUCACAGCGACACCACUAGUUUGUUGACCGUUGAUGAAAUCACCGCCGAAGUUGAGAACCGGAGGGUCAGUACAAUACAAAGAGGAGACUACAUUGAGGAAACGGAAGAUUCAUCGUCUAUCGAAGGAGAUACGUUACCCCAGGACGACGAGAGCAAAGGGGUUUUGCGUGCGAUUUGCAGUGAUAGCAACAAGCUUGUUGACAGUGGAAAGAGUUACCAAGGAGAUAGUGAUAUUGACCAACAACAUGAGUUAGAAGACGAAGAAGAAGACAAAUUAGACGACGACGAAGAGGAGGAAGAAGAAGAAGAGGAGGAGGACAACGAACAGGGGAAAGCUUUUACGUCUACCGGUUCCAAGAGAAUAAUCAAAUGGAUCAAAGGAGCUCUGAUUGGCGCUGGGUCUUUCGGAUCUGUUUACUUAGGCAUGGAUGCACAGUCUGGUUUACUUAUGGCUGUCAAACAAGUAGAGCUAUCCGCCGGGAGUGCCAAAAACGAAGACAGAAAGAGAAGUAUGCUCUCUGCUCUGGAGCGUGAGAUUGAGUUGCUCAAAGAGCUUCAGCACGAGAAUAUUGUUCAGUAUUUAGAUUCCUCGGUUGACGCUAAUCAUCUCAAUAUUUUUCUUGAGUAUGUUCCAGGCGGCUCAGUUGCAGCGCUCCUCAACAACUACGGCGCAUUUGAGGAAGCGUUAGUUCGAAAUUUUGUACGUCAAAUCCUUACAGGGCUGAAUUACUUGCAUAUGAGAGGGAUUGUACACAGGGAUAUCAAAGGCGCCAAUAUCCUGGUAGAUAACAAGGGGGGAAUCAAGAUAUCGGACUUCGGUAUCAGCAAAAAAGUUGAGAACAGUCUAAUCACUGGCCUCCGUACUAACCGCCCGUCGCUCCAAGGUUCAGUUUUUUGGAUGGCCCCAGAAGUUGUUAAGCAGACCUCAUAUUCACCGAAGGCAGAUAUCUGGAGUGUCGGCUGCUUGGUAGUUGAGAUGUUGACGGGAACUCAUCCAUGGGCCGAUCUUACACAGAUGCAGGCCAUUUUCCGAAUUGGCUCAUUAGCCCGUCCUGCUCCGCCCUCUGAUAUCUCUGUACAGGCCGAUGAGUUCCUCCGCAAGACUUUCGAAAUUGAACACGCCAAACGCCCCACAGCUGCUCAACUCUUAAAGCAUCCGUUCAUUGGCAGUCCGCGAGUCCGGACAGCAGCAUCGAAUUUCAUCAACGGAGCUAUCGCCUCCGAGACAAUGGAAGUGCAAGUCGUAGAAGAAUCGUGAAAGACUAGAUCUCGGUUGGAUCGAUAUAUGAUGGGCAUACAUUUUCUGUAUAUUUUAUAGAUGCCCGGUUGAUGUUUUAUCAGAUAAAAUAUAUGUCGUGUCCAUGGAGAAUAAUAUGUUAUUUUCACCCUUAUGGCCUUUGACCCCACCUGACGAUGUGCAUCAUG